AUGGCAACACAAGAUGAUUUCACAGCAGCUAAGUACCAUGCCUCAGUUGCUGUCUACUGUGGGAGCAUUCCCAAAUUCAAACCCAGAUACACAGCUCUGCGAGGUGGGAGCAUUGAUUCAAACUUGCAGUUUUGUGGCAGCAGCUGGACCGCUGAAGAAGAAGCCAUCUCUCCCCUGGAUGGCUGGGUCAGCAAGGCUAGUGUGCACGACCUCAGCGCUGGGGGUGGAGGUGAUCUCUCCCACCUUUCUCACCAAGCCUUGACCCAGGACCCCCGAGAGAGGGAGGUGAGCAGCGCUGCCCCAGAGACCAUUCAGAACAAGGACAAGCUGAAGACGAGGAGGAUGUCUGAGGAUCUGUUAGCCUCACAGAGAGGCCUGACUGACUGCAGUGACCCUGCGGGGGUGACCCUGAAGACAGUAGUUUCCAGGUCAGCUUCCCAGAGGCUCCUGGUAACCUCCAACCCUGUGCCUCCCAUCCAGAACAGCCUUCCUUCCUCAGAGCCCAGCAGGGUGAGCGACGGAGAGCAGGAGCAUGGGGAAGACGGCACAGGCUGUGAUGACAGUGAUGGGAAUAACAAGGAGCUGAUGUCAGAGGGAAAAGGAUAUAAAGCUUCCCUGCUGCCCUUGUAUUGCAGUGGUGGGGAUGGGAAGAAGUCACUGGGAGUGGCUUUGAUUCCCCCUAUCCCCAAGUCAGCGAGACCAUCUGAUGGGGAUCCUGGCAGCGCUGCAGUGCCUCUUGCAAACUCUCAGCACCUGGUUUUCCAAGAGGCCCUGGAGAUGAGGCCAAGAUCAGGCAGCAGAAGUGAAGAGAAGACCCUUAAAUCUCUAGAGCUCCGGACUCUGGAACCUGUCUUGCCUGUUCUCCAGCAUAGUGUUGGUGGUGGCGUGAAAUCUGCUGGACAUUUAUGUGAACCUGUGCCCCGGUUAAUGGGCCUCCCACUCAGCCAGGCCAAGGAGAUGGAUCAUCUCGGGAGCCCUUGCCUUCUGAGUGAUGACGACUCGAAGGACAGCAAUGGAAGGAUCCAUGUUACCUUGUCCAAGUCAGCUCAGAAGAAAAUACACCAGAAGCGAAUGAGAGAGAUGGAGCUUUUGCGGAGAGAGAGGGAGAAAGAGAGAGAAAACGAAAAGUCCUUACAGCUCCCUACACAGAGUGUUGACCCUGGGGAUGCAGCUGAAGAAAGCUUUGGCCCACCACCUGUCAAUGGGACAGUUUCCAUUUUCCCCAGCACGAGCAACGCACGCAGAGAGAGCGCUGGUACUGCCUUGAGGAAGCGGGUCAACAGGCCCUCACUGCCCAGCAUCCCCGUCGUCAGCCAGGGUGGCAGCUUCCUGCGCAACUCCUCAGCGAACUCGCUGCCAGCCAUUGCUCUGGACUUCCUGGAGUGGGGAGAGGAGCCAGACUGUGGGGACGCCUGGGAAGCCAGACCCUUCCCUCACCCACAGCAGGGGCUGCUCAACGCGCUCACGUGGCUCAGCAGCGACGACUGGCAGCAGAAGGCAAAGGGACUCUUCAGUGUCAGACGCCUGGCUAUCUGCCACUCAGAAGUCCUUCUUUGUAGACUUCAUGAUGUUUCCGUGGCAGUUACCAAAGAGGUGAACAACCUCCGCUCAAAGGUGUCUCGCUUUGCAAUCAGCACUCUUGAAGAGCUCUUCAGGACCAUGAAGAAGCACAUGGACCAAGAGGUGGAUGAGGUUGCUCGGGUCUUGCUCCAGAAGAUGGGGGACUCCAGCGAGUUCAUUCAGAAAGCAGCCAAUCGAUCCCUGGGGAUCAUGGUGGGGAGUGUGACUCCUGCACGAGCGAUGACUGCUCUCAUGGCUAGUGGAGUCCAGCACCGCAAUGUCCUGGUGCGGAAGUGUGCGGCUGAACACCUACUGACUGCGAUGGAGCAAAUCGGAGCCGAGAAGCUCCUGUCGGGCACACGUGACAGUACCGAGCUGCUGGUGCGCACGCUGGUGAAGCUUGCUCAGGACAGUCAUCAGGAGACAAGGUGUUAUGGACGGAAGAUGCUGAAUAUAUUGAUGAGUCAUCAAAAAUUUGAUAGGUACUUGAAACAGUCUGUCCCCUCACGUGACUUGGAAGACGUUAUGGCAACACUUAAGCAGAAAGGGAUAGAAGACCAUAAAUGCGAACCUCCAUCUGCCAAGGACCCCAGGAAGUCUAGGAACAGUGGCUUGAUGAUGCCCCAGGACAACUUGCCUUCUGAUGGAGGGUCUGGCUCUGAUGUACUCAUCUUACCCCGUCAGACAGUCCGUCGCACGUCACUUCAGACUGUGGAAGAAACUGAACAGCUCAAGGAGCUUUACAAGCUCCUGACAGCCAAGGAGUUUCAGACACGAAUGGAGGGCGUGGUGCUCCUCCUAGAUCACUGCAAAAGCAGACCCCAGCUCAUCUCCACUAACAUUGUCCAGAUUUUUGAUGUUUUUGUCCUGAGACUUCAGGAUUGCAACAAAAAAGUGAACCAGCAGGCGCUGGAAGCGCUGGCUUUGAUGACACCCAUGCUCAGAGACGCCUUACACCCAGUGCUGGUCUCUCUAGUAGCAGCAGUCACCGACAACCUGAACUCAAAGCACUUGGGAAUUUAUGCUGCAGCUGUGAAAGUGCUGGAAGCAUCCAUUGCUCACCUAGAUAACACAUUGCUCCUGCAAGCGUUUGCCCACCGAGUGCGUUUCCUCAGCGGCCAAGCUCUGCUGGAUGUCACAGAACACCUCUCAGUGCUUGUGGCAUCUGUUUAUCCCCAGAAACCCCAAGCCGUCAAGCGCUACGCCCUGCCUGCGCUCUGGUUCUUCCUGGGAAACGGGGUCCUGCCUGUUCGAAGCGGCAAUGUCAGGGCUGUGAUCGCCAAGCUUGCAAAGAGCCUCUACCAAGUGAUGGGCUCCAGGCUGAAGGAGCAUGCCGCCAGCCAGCCUCAGCACGUGGCAAAAAACCUCUGGGACAUUUUGGACCUGAAUGUCGGGUGA